CCAGGGCGCUAAGAGUCCUGUGAGUUGGGAAGGGAUAGAGUCCCUCACCCCGACCUGCACCUUCUUCCCGCUCUCUCCUCCGGUGCUAGCGCGCCAGGAUCCUUUCCCGAAGUGGAACCAAGGGACGCCCGGAGUUGGGGGACUCUGCGAGCGCCCACGUGACACACAACCCUCAAGGCGUCCUAGGUUUGCAGGGAACAUGGGCAAGCUCAGGGCAGGGCUGUGCCCGGGCCUCUCCGAGGAGAUCGUCCGGCUUCUGAGGGACCGAAAAAUCAAGACAGUGGCGGACCUGGCGGCUGCUGACCUAGAGGAGGUAGCUCAGAAGUGUGGCUUGUCUUACAAGGCCCUGGUUGCCUUGAGGAGGGUGUUGCUGGCGCAGUUCUCCGCUUUCCCCUUAAACGGCGCAGAUCUCUAUGAGGAGCUGAAGACUUCCACUGCCAUCCUGUCCACAGGCAUUGGAAGCCUUGACAAUCUACUUGAUGCUGGCCUCUAUACUGGGGAGGUGACUGAAUUUGUAGGUGGCCCAGGCAGUGGCAAAACCCAGGUGUGUCUCUGUGUGGCUGCAAAUGUAGCCCACAGCCUGCAGCAGAAUGUUCUGUACAUUGAUACCAAUGGAGGAAUGACAGCGUCCCGCCUCCUCCAGCUGCUACAGGCUAGAACCCAAGAACAGAAGAAACAGGCAGGAGCUCUCCAGAGGAUACACGUGGUGCAUGCAUUUGACAUCUUCCAGUUGCUGGAUUUGCUACAGGACCUUCGGGGCACCAUGGCCCAGCAGGCUGCAGCUUCUUCAGGCACUGUGAAGGUUGUGAUUGUGGAUUCUGUCACUGCAGUGGUGGCCCCACUUCUGGGAGGUGAGCAGAGGGAAGGCCUGGCCUUGAUGAUGCAGCUGGCCCGAGAGCUCAAGAUCCUGGCCCGGGACCUGGGUGUGGCGUUGGUGGUGACCAAUCACUUGACCAGAGACAGAGAUGGUAAAGGGUUCAAACCUGCUCUGGGACGCUCCUGGAGCUUUGUGCCCAGUACCCGGAUUCUCCUGGAUGUCAUUGAAGAGGCUGGCACAUCAGGUAGUAGCCAGCGCACAGUGUGUCUGACCAAGUCUCCCCGCCAGCCAACAGGUCUGCAGGAGGUGAUAGACAUUGGGACACUGGGGACUGAGGAGCAGAGCCCGGAAUUGCCUGGCAAACAGACAUGAUGCUGUUGACCGGGAAAGAAGAGACCGCCUCAAGGCCCUUACAGCUUUCCUUCCCAGUUAGCUGUGGUUCGCUGCCACACGGGACCUGACAGUGCAGAGUCAUCAGAAGACAAGCCUCAGUUUCCUCAGCUUUACUGUGUGGAUCUUAUGGAGCCACUGCCAGAGUAUGCUGCAGUGGGAGGGGCUUAGAAGUCUAUCCCGGUCUCAAGUUUUCUUCCUUUCUGUCCACCGUACAUUUCCAGUGGGGGCUGAGGUCACCCUCGCUUGGGACAUCUCUGAAGAAACACAGUAGUGACUGGAUGAACCGCUUCCUGGUCCUGUCACCAUUGGAUCCUAAACCCAUUCCCUACACAGUGAUUGCGCCAGGAAGCCUUUGCUUCUCCAACCCCCAUUUAUUUUGGCCUCUGUUUUUCCACUUGCAAGAUGGUGCUGCUUUUGUCUGAGUUACUCAGUAGAAACAACCUCAGAAAUGUAAACCUCUUUAUAUAUGUCCUACUCUUAUAACUGUAUAGAAAGGAGGCCCUCUGAACCCUAGAGCCCCCUGGGGGGAAAGGCAGUGGGGCUCCCCCAGAAGGAGCAUCCUUCCCUGCUUGCUGCCUGGGUCUCACACACCUGCCUACCUCACCCUGAGAGGGAAGAUCAUGGCUCCAUGUUGUCCCAGGGAUAUAAUUUACCGGGGAGGAAGGAUAUGACCUGCUCCUAGUGAACCAGACACUUGUUUCAUAUGCACGGUGCCCUGUGGGGCCCUUCCUCAGUAUAGAGUAACCGGAGGUGCUGAACUGUGGCCUAACCCAUAAACAGACAGACGGGAAUUUGCACAGUAAAUAGAGCCAGCUGGGAAAAUUGAUGCCGGCGUAAAUAAUACAUGGCAAAUCUAGUCUUUUAUACAGAAAUUCAUUGCUGGUGGCUCUAAGAUGCAGUAUAAUUACACCUCUCGUCCUGCCAGCUGUACCACAGCCUCGUGUCUUAGUGAAUAAAAUAACCCCCUGUCUAUUACCAAGACUGUGGUCAUCCAUCUGAGAGUCAUAACUCUGGCCGAAAGGGGAAGAUGGUACCAGGGAAUGGGAAAUAAAAGGCAGAGUCAAGAAAUUAUCAGGAUUGUUUACGGACCACAGUUUUUACAGGGAGGUCACACUUGGUUAGCCUGCUCUAUAAUUAGCUUCGUAUGAUUUGAUGUGUUACAAGAUGUGAUAUUCGGGGCCAGUGAGAUGGCUUAGCAGAUAAAGGUGCUUGUCACCAAGCCUGACAACCUGAGUCUAAUCCCCGGGUCCCACAUAAUGGAAAGAGGAACGUGACUUUGCAAGUUGUCCUCUGGCUUCUAUACCUUCUGUGUCAUAGCUAUGCCCCUUCACACAUGAUAAUAAAAAUGGAAUAGUUAAAAAUA